UAAUGCUGAUUCAGCAUAACAACAAAUUUGCUGAGUUGGCAAAAAUGGCUGAAAAUGUUAGCUCAAGAAACUGUGCCUGUAUUGUAAACUGCCUAAAAAAAGGAGACAUCCAACUAUUACAUUCUCUCGUUGAAGAGCUAACUGGGGAGAAGCUAUCGUCACAGGAUGUGGAGAAAGGGUCAGUGUGUUGGAGGGUGGACAACAAGUACUACACUGCUGAGAUAGAGCUCUUCAUCGUACCCUCCUCCAAGAAAUUGAGCAAAAAGAGGGAAUAUCAGGCUCUCAUAUUCUUGUGUGAUCUAGACUGUGCUGACGUUCUUGAGACUUUGGAGUCUUCAUGGACUAAGAUCAAACAACAUGACGAGUCUGAUGUUCGAGUAGUGAUGGGUGUGGCUACAAGUGACACGCCCACUGUGGAGGUACUUAAGUGGUGUGUGUGUGAGGGUAUGGAACUAGUGGAGUGGGAGAGAGGGGAAAACCCCCAACCUCAAGACACAGAUUCUGACGAUGGUCUUCCCCCUGAGGCAAUGGGUGUGGCUAGGCUGUCGGAGACAUUGCAGGCACAUAUGUGGCCCAACAUCACAAUGAAAGGUCGCGACCCCACCGCCACCUCUCAGACGCAGAGUGGAGCGGCACAACCAGCUGCAGGGAAUGAUAUGAACGAUUUGACAAAGCUGGAGGCUAAAGCAACUGCCUCUGCUAGUAAAGAAGAAGAAGUAAGGAAUAGAGUGGAUGAGCUGUUGCUGACUGACGACCAGCUGUCAGCUCUCAAGGACAGUGAGGAUCCAGGAGGGGAGAAGUUUGAGGAUCUAUUCUCGCGAUUUUCUCAAAUGAAACAGCAUGCCGAGUCCCUGCCCCAUGAAGAGAGGAAGGUGUAUGCUGAGAGAGUGGCGAUGGCAUUCUGGGACGCCAUUGGAGGAGACAAAGAAGAACUGGCAACAGACUAAAUUACUUAAUUACUUAUAUAUACAUGAUAUGUAUGCAUGCAGUUUUAUUUGUGCAAUUUUGAAACUGCAUUCAAUCUAGACUAUAAUUAUGUCUGUACUAAUAAAAGACCAAUUUUAAGAUUUUCUGAAAGCUUAGAAAGAGA